AUGUUAAACUUUAUAGAGUGGCUCAGCUUUAUCAUUGGGGUUUGGACGCUAGUCAAAAUCAUUCUUGAUCUUUUCUACACUUUAAAAACUUUCUUUGCAAAAACUGAUUUCUCUUUAUAUGGCCGUGGCAGCUGGGCUUUAGUUACAGGGGCAUCUGAUGGAAUUGGGCUUGGAUUUUCUGAAUUUUUAGCUUCUCAAGGAUUUAAUAUCAUUCUUAUAGGAAGAAAUCCAGAAAAACUAAAGAAAUUGGCUCAAUCUAUAGAAGAAAAAUUCCCAAUUAAAACAAGAUGCAUUAUCAAAGACUUUUCACUUUCAGCAAAAGAUCCACAGAAUUUCUUUAAAGAUAUUAAAGAUCAGACACGCGAUUUAGAUGUUAGCAUCCUAGUUAACAAUAUUGGAUAUGGUCCUGGACCUAAAGUAUUUAACUUUUUGCCUUCUGGAGAAAUUUUGAACACUAUGGCAUUAAAUCUAUGGCCAAUUGCAUUUCUCUCAAGACUCUACAUGCCCGAUUUGGUUUCAAGAAAGCAAAGAAGUGCAAUUAUUAAUUUGAGCUCUAUAAUUUCUGUGAUGCCAUUUCCAAGGUCAGCAAUUUAUUGUGGAGGGAAAAGCUUUGAUCACUUAUUUUCGCUAAUUACUGCAGAAGAGGCAAAAUAUUUGGCAAAAAACAAUAAUACUUCGAUUGAUGUGCUGAGUUUGAGACCUGGAUAUGUUGAUACGCCAUUAGCUCAAAAAAUAAAAGUAAAGCCUUUGCUUAUAACUGUCGACCAAUGUGUCGAAUCUGCUUGCAACUCUCUUGGGGCUGUAAACUAUACAAGUGGCCAUUGGAAACAUCAGCUAUUUUAUUUAUUUGGAAACUCUUUUAAACCUCUAUUAUCUCCAUUCUUUGGAAAACUAGCAAGAAAGAUGUUGGAGUCUUCUCUAAAGACUAAUAAAUAA